GUUUGAGCCGCGGCCCGUGAGGUGAGAGUGAGAGAUUCAACAUGGCGGCAGAGUUUCGCUCUCUGGCGAUGAAACACCAUCAACAGUCAUGAAUGAAAUCGUAAUAUCGCAUUAAAACAGCCUCAGGACGAUUUCCAAUCGUUUUGUUUUACAUUUUCAAUAUCCUCUGAAGGACAUUAUAUGAUAUUUUGUGUAAUCGCGAGUCGAUGGUUGUAACGUAACGUACAUUGAUUAACGCGGUAACAUUCGCCCAUUAAUGUCGUGUUAUUUCUCAUCGGGUUAGUCUGACGGAUCUGAGGAGAAAAUGUGCUUCAGGUGAUUGAGAUUAGCGGCGUACCUCAGGGCUCCGUCAGCGGCCCGUUCACGUUCACCAUGUCCGCGGUCCCGAAAGCUCCUGUUCCCUCGGGCCGGGACGAUCUCUCCAUCUCGUCUCUGCUGUCCGGAGACCUGGAGGAGGAGGAGGAGGAGGGCGAGAGGGCGGAGGGGGACCUGGCCGACCUGGAGGUGAACCCGUACGACGGGCUGCCGUUCUCCUCCCGCUACUACAGUCUCCUGGAGGAGAGGAAGCGGCUGCCCGUGUGGAGCCUGAAGUUCAGUCUGCUGGAGCACAUGGAGGAGCACAGCAUGAUCGUGCUGAGCGCGGAUGGAGGCUCGGGGAAGAGCACACAGGUUCCUCAGUGGUGUGUAGAGUACGCUCUGUCGCACGAGUUCUCUCAGGGUCUGGUGUGUUGUUCUCAGCCGUACGCGGCGGCCGCUUCCAGUCUAGCGCUCAGAGUGGCGGAUGAGAUGGACCUGAGUCUGGGGUUAGAGGUCGGCUACAGGGUCCCUCACGAGGACGGGUGCACCCCUGACACUAUCCUGAGGUUCGUGACGGACUCGCUCCUGCUGGAGGAAAUGAUGUCAGACCCUCUCCUGCGCCAGUACGGGGUGUUGGUGAUCGACGAGGCUCAGGAGCGCACGGUUUCCACGGAUGUUUUGCUAGGGCUCCUGCGUGACGUGUGCCAGCAGCGCCGCGAGCUCCGGGUGCUAGUGCUAACCGAUCCCGCCAGCGCGCACACCUUCGCUAGCUUCCUGGGAGAGAGCGUGCCUCACCUCAGCGUUCCCGCGCCAGCCUCCAGCGGCGAGAUCCUGUACCGGGAACCGCCCACAGGACGUGACCUAGCAACCGCUUCCUGUCACAUGAUCCUGGAUCUGCACCGCAGGGGGGAGCAAGGAGACAUUCUAGUGUUCCUCCCUAGCGUUCAGGAGAUCCAGGAGUGUGGAGCGGCGCUGGAGAAGGAGUGUGUCUCUCUGAGCUCUCAUCUGUCGUCUCUGCGCGUGAUGGAGCUUCACACCGGCGUCGGAGGCGCGUCGCAGGAGGUUUACGAGCCCGAGAGCGCCGAGGACGAGCAGGAGGACGAGCAGGAGGAUCCGGCUCACAGACGCAGGGUCGUUCUCACCGACGCCUUGGGAGAGGCUUCCUUCUCCCUCCGUAACGUCCGAUACGUCAUCGACACCGGCGUCCAGCUGAAGACCAUCUACAACCCACAGAUCCGAGCGGAUUCACAGCUUCAUCAGCCAAUCAGCAGACAGCAGGCCGACGCUCGAGCCCGCAGGGUCAACAGCAAACUGCCCGGUGUGUGUUUCCGCUUGUACUCUGCGCUGAUGCUGGAGGAGAUGCCCGCGUGCCGGAGCCCGGCGGUGGCCGAAGCGAACCUCAGUCACCUGGUGCUGCUCCUCAAGAGGCUGGACAUCGCAGACAUGGGCCAGUGUCAGUUCCUGGACCGGCCAGCCCCUGAGGCGCUGAUGCAGGCGCUGGAGGAUCUGGAUUAUCUGGCGGCUCUGGACGACGACGGGAAUCUGUCCGAGGUGGGCAUCAUCAUGUCUGAGCUUCCGCUGGAGCCGCCGCUAGCUAAAGCUCUGAUCGCGUCCUGCGAGUUCGACUGUGUGAACGAGCUCCUGACCGUCGCUGCCAUGCUGACCGCUCCGCCGUGCUUCAUUACGCCUCCGGCUGGUAAAGAAGAAGCGGCUUCCACACACAGACGACUCUUGCUUCAUCCCGAGGGAGAUCACAUGACCCUCAUCAACGUCUACAACGCAUAUCUGCAGCAUAACGAAGAUGAGGUCUGGUGCAGGACGAACUUCCUGAACGCCUCUGCGCUGCGAUUGGCUGUGGUGAUUAGGGCGGAGCUACUGGAGGUGAUGCAGCGAAUCGAGUUGCCCGUCUCUCCGCCCGCCUUCGGUUGCCAGGACAACAGCACAAAUAUAAAGAGAGCUCUGAUAUCGGGAUUCUUCCUGAAGGUUGCUCAUGACGUGGACGGCUCGGGGAACUAUCUGCUGCUCACACACCGGCACGUGUCCCACCUCCACCCGUUCUCCUCGUACCGCUGUCGCCGGCCGCGACCCGACCCGCCCAGCUGGGUGCUCUACCACGACUUCACCAUCUCACACGACAACUGCAUCUGCAUCGUGUCCGAGAUCCACCCUCAAAUGCUGGUGGAGCUGGCGCCGCAGUAUUAUCUCGGGAAUCUUCCUCCCAGCGACGGCCUGGAUCUGCUGAUGAGCCUCAGACUGAGUCUGUUCCCUCCGGGCGAUCCGGACUCCACCCCUCAGGAGAAACGCCUCGAGGACGCGAGCGACGAGUCCAGCGCAGACACCUGCAGCGUUCAGUAACCGCUCAGAUGAUGCACUCGCUGGAACACACACACACACACUCAGGCCGCGGUGCAAUGAAGAACUCCAGAUGAGCUUUAGUCAGGCUCAGAUCUGUUAUGUCUGUAAUUGUCAUACUAUAAUAUAUAUAUUUAUAUAUAUAAAUAUAUUUUAAUAGUGAAUAAAGACUGGAUUUGUGGAUAAGAAAGGGAAGUGAGUCCAGCAAACACACUAUCGGUUCCUGCAGCCAAUCAGACGAAGCUCAGUCAUGUCCAAUCACAUGAUCAAGACUACCGCCCCUCUCUCUCUCUCUGUAUAUGUGUAUGAGUGACGGCCGCAGCCUGUGGUGUGGAGGCUCGUUUCUGCCCUGGGAUCAAAACUGAAGAUGAUUACCACGCUUUAAUCUGGCAGUGCUGGCUGUAGUCUAGAAUUGAGAAAUUUAAACUCAGAAUUCCAGAAAAAACGUCAGAAUUGAGAGCUAAAAUAAUCUUAAUGAGCUUUUUCUAUUUUUAUUCCAUGUUGUAAAUAAUCGUCCCUAAAGCAGUAAUGAGCAGCUGUACACCUCUAAUCCUGCUGUGCAUCACGUGUGUGUGUGUGUGUGUGUGUGUCACGCUCCUGUACGGACUGUUAUGUGUGUGUUGGUGUGUGUCUGUGUUGUGUUCUGAGGAUUCUCAGUCGUUCAACCAGAACUAGAACUAUAUUAGUGUGUGCAUUAAUCAUGAUCUGGUUGUUACGAGCGCUCUACUGUAAACACUCGAGCUCUUCAUUUCCUUCACAUGAAAAACAUGCUUUCAUGAAUCAUAAAUAAGUCAUAAAAGAUGAAGAGUCUAAAUAAUUACUUAAACUCAUAAUGAAUAAGUGGACAUUGACAGAAGACAUUCUAAGUCAUUCGACUUUUUAUCUCAUAAUUAUGACUUGCUAUGUCUAUUACAUUUUUGUCAUUAUUUUAACUGUCAAUUUUAACUCUAUUAUAGAAUUAUGACUUAGAAUUUAGACUUUUUACCUCAUAAUUUGGACUUGAUGUGUCCAUUUCAGCUUUUUGUCAUAACGUUUACUUUUUUUACCUCAUAAUUAUGACUUGGUAUGUCAUAAUUAAAAAUGAAAUUAUUUUUUGUUAUUAUUUUUACUCAAUUUCACCGUAUAAUUAUGACAGUUUUUCAAGAAUUGAGUAAUAAUUUAGACUGUACCGCAUAAUUGACUUAACUAUGUGAUAAUUUCCUCUUUUUAUGUCACGAUUGACUUGGUCUCAUAGUUGACGUUCCGCUGGGCAGAACUGGGCUUUCACACGACGGCUUCUGAUUGGCUGUCAGUGUUUUCAUCAUUCCUCUGCUGUUCUCUUAGACGUCAGUUAUUGUGAACGGGCUUUUAGUCCGAGACGAGCGGCUCAAACACACACACACACAUCUCCUGAUAGAACACGUGUGUGUGUGUGUGUGUGUGUGUCCCUGAGCCGCUCCUCUUCCUCCUGCUGUGAUUCGACGUUCGGGAUCCGUGUGUUUGAUUGUGUUUCGGGGUUUUAGGGGUCGUUUACUCCUGUAGUUUGUUUUUUGUAUUUUUCUAAAUCUUGUUGCUCUCUCCCAGAAUUCUCUGUGUUUGUGUGUGAACUCUUGAGUGUUUAAAUGUGACUUUAAUACAGGGGGGAUUUGAACACUAAUUAAAACUUGUGGUGCUUUUUGAA